AGUGACCUACAAUGAUGUGCAUGUGAACUUCACUGGAGAAGAGUGGGCUUUGCUGACUCCUUCCCAGAAGAAUCUCUACAAAGAUGUGAUGCUGGAGACCUACUGGAAUCUGUCUGCUAUAGGCUACAAUUGGGAAGAUCAUAAUAUUCAAGAGCAUUGUCAAAGUUCUAGGAUACAUGGAAGGCAUGAAGGAAGUCAUACUGGUGAAGAACCCUCUGGAUAUACUCUAUGUGAUAAAGCCUUUGCACAUCACAGUCAUCCUCAAAGUCAUGACAGAACACACACAAGAGAGAGGCCCUGUAUAUGUAACCAAUGUGGUAAAGCCUUUGCAUAUCAGAGUAGUCUUCUGUAUCAUGAAAGAACACACACUGGAGAGAAACCCUAUGAAUGUAACCAAUGUGGUAAAGCCUUUGCACGUAACAGUCAUCUCCAAGUACAUAAAAGAACACAUACUGGAGACAAGCCCUAUGAAUGUAACCAAUGUGGUAAAGCCUUUCCCUAUCACAGUAGUCUCCGAAAACAUAAAAGAGCACAUGCUGGAGAGAAACACUAUGAAUGUAACCAGUGUGGUAAAGCCUUUGCAUUUCAGAGUAUUCUUCUGUGUCAUAAAAGAACACACACUGGAGAGAAACCCUUUCAAUGUAACCAAUGUGGUAAAACCUUUGCAUUUCACAGUAGUCUUCUAUAUCAUGAAAGAAUACAUACUGGAGAGAAACCCUAUGAGUGUAACCAGUGUGGUAAAGCUUUUUCCUGUCACAGUAGCCUCAAAACACAUACAAGAACACAUACUGGAGACAAGCCCUAUGAAUGUAACCAAUGUGGUAAAGCCUUUGCAUAUCAUAGUAGUCUCCGAAAACAUAAAAAAAUGCAUGCUGGAGAGAAACCCUAUGAAUGUAACCAAUGUGGUAAAGCCUUUGCAUUUCAGAGUAUUCUUCUGUGUCAUAAAAAAACACACACUGGAGAGAAACCCUAUAAAUGUAACCAAUGUGGUAAAGCUUUUGCACGUAACAGUAAUCUCCUAGUACAUAAAAGGAUACAUACUGGAGAGAAACCUUAUGAAUGUAAUCAAUGUGGCAAAGCUUUUGCACGUAACAGUAAUCUCCUAGUACAUAAAAGAACACAUACUGGAGAGAAACCCUAUGAAUGUAACCAAUGUGGUAAAGCCUUUGCACAUGACAGUUAUUUCCUAAUACAUAAAAGAACACAUACUGGAGAGAAACCCUAUGAAUGUAACCAGUGUGGUAAAGCCUUUGCAUGUUACAGUAAUCUCCGAAGUCAUAAAAGAACACACACUGGAUAG